AUCACCAGUUCACCGCUCCACUCCACAACCGCCGCCACCCCCCACAACACAAAACCCCACCCCGGCCGCAGGGGAGGGAGAGCGGGAGGAAGCGAGACCGAGCAACCCACCGGCGGAGAUGCAGAUCUUCGUGAAGACGCUGACGGGGAAGACCGUCACGCUGGAGGUCGAGAGCAGCGACACUAUCGCCAACGUCAAGGCCAAGAUCCAGGACAAGGAAGGCAUCCCGCCGGACCAGCAGCGGCUCAUCUUCGCCGGGAAGCAGCUGGAUGACGACCGCACCCUGGCCGACUACAACAUCCAGAAGGAGUCCACGCUGCACCUGGUGCUCCGCCUCCGCGGCGGCGGCAGGGGCGGCUACCCCAUCAUGAGCGUCCCGUGGGACCUCAUCAACCUUGCCCGCAAGCACAAUGAGACCAAGAUGAUCUGCCGCCAGUGCUAUGCGCGCCUUCCCCCCAGGUCCAAAAACUGCCGCAAGAAGAAGUGUGGCCGCAGCAACGAGCUGAGGUCAAAGAAGAAGUUCAUCUCCAAGUUUAACAUCUGAGCUUUGGAAAGCGACAUUCUGGAGUGCCAUGCGAAAGUGUCAUGUAUCAGUUGAAUCACCUUGUCUAAACAUUUCUAUCACGGGUGCUAGUUGUCCUAGUUUAAGUUUCUAUCUGCGUGCUGAACCUUAAAUACUCUUUCAAAUAUCCCAUGCUGUUUCCACGCGUGCAGUGGUAUGCCUAAGAAAUGCUAGUGAAAGUUCUUUUGGCUUGGAUGUUGAAAUCUUUGUCACUCUUUCUGAAUGCACUAAGUUGUUCAGUUUGGAAGAAGUGGAGGAUGAGAACUAGUUGGAUAAUGGCAUUUUAUCAUUAUCAA